AUGAAGCUAACAACAGUCUCCAUGGCCAUUUUGGGCCUCACAGAACCCUGUUUCGCCUCGGAUAUCCGUGACACUAGUGCAAACUCGACACUCGAAAGGGCAAUAGCUGCCAUUGGCGCAGAGGGUCUCUCGGAACUGCAUAAAGUAACAUAUGAAUGCCAAAGAAUCUAUCGCUCUCGAAGCCUUAUGCAAAGCUACAAUCUCAUGCGCGCAGAUGUAUCGGCAGCAACAUCCGGAACGCAGAACAUUUCUUACGAAGUAGACUGCCCAUUGCUUCGACAACGGAUCGACCGGCGUUUCCAGCCCUCACACGCGUGGGGAUGGGCAUCCCCUCGAUUUCAGCCCAUGGAAUUCUCUCUCGUGGUCUGGACUGGCGAUGGUAACUCUGCUUGCUUUGUUAAAGGGAACAACCAAGUCUACCUUCCCCGGAACGUUACAGCUGGCUGCGUAGAUGCUGCAUUGUCUGCUAAUCUUGCUACCGAGGCUCUCAUGAUGUCUCCAGGUCUUGUCGAGCGGAUUCGACGAUCAAAAAGCUCCGAAGAACGCGAGGUUAAUAUAAACGGCAUUAAAUUUCCCGCGAUUUAUAGCAAUCUUGACAAGCUCUUACUGGUUGUCGACCCCAAGACGUACCUACCUAUAUCGUCCGCUCAGAAGAACAACAUCCAAUCUACGGGAAUCAAAUUCCCUCACACUAUCCAGACCAUAUACAGCUCAGCUAGCCAACGGCUCAACGUGGUUCUCGAAGACUUUGUCAUUGACAAGAUCAACGCUACAGCAAAAUUGGGCGACAAUUUCUUCGAUCUUGUUCCUCACGGUCAGAAAGUAAAUAUAUCGGAAAAGCCUCCUGGUGUUCCCAGUGGUCUUGUCACAGAUUACAGCACGAGUUUGCUCGGAUCACCUGUCAAGAAUGUCAGCGCGGAGGCGUUGAAAUCAGCUAGGCCCGUUGAUCUUUUGCAGGUGUAUUGGCUUAUCAUUGAUGAUAGCCAUGAUCUUGGCUUCAAGCAGCUUAUUAUUGAGUUUGAGACUGAAGUCAUUGUAUGUGAUGCACCGCCUUUCUGGAGUGAGGCUGUCAUGGAGUGGAUCAAGAAGAAUAUUGGCAAGAAGGUCGCUUACGUCGCGUUAAUCAUCCCCGAGAUGGCAGUGGAUUACUGGUCCAGCAUCCCAGGAGCCGAAUUCAUCACCUUCAAUCAAACACACCCAUACGUUCAUCGCGACAACAAGGUCCAAGCAUGGUUCAACUGGGCUGAUCAAGCGCCUCACGCAGCUGACUGGACUUAUGUAAUGAUUACAGAGCGAUGUCCUGAUAGAAACUCCUCCAUAUUUGUCUAUGAGGCUGAUACAUGGGAGGCUGGACUGAGUGUUGAGUUGGGUAAUCAGCAGCAGAUGAGGCAGUGGCUUGAUCAGCUUUUGGAAGAUGGUCUUCCAAGAUCUGCGACUGUGAUGCCGACACAUGGAUGGAUUACGCCGUUGGAACAGCUGAUUAACAUCACAGCGUACCCAUAUCCUGAUUUUGACAUUAGUCGUUGGAGGAAGGGUGCAGCGCUGUGUGAUGAAUCAGCCACAAAGAAACAUAAGGAUGAUUAG